AAUAGCUAGUUCCUCCCAUGGGCUGAUUUAUAAAUCAGUGCUGUGCAGGGGAGUUAGGGACAGCACUGUGUGGCAAUGUUACAAGCAGUUUCUGUAGAUCUCUUGGGAAUAUCUGGGAUUCAGAUGAUGAUAUAUAGUACUGCUGUGUAACAGUUUGGGAUACCGUGAAGGUCAGAUUAAAUGACCAGUACUGGGGGCCAAUAGAGCUAUUAAGAGUUUGUUCCUAAGGAAAUCUGUUAAACCUUCUCUUUGUUACACUUGAAGCUUCACACUAUCAAAACUACUCUAUGUGCUCGCCUUAGUCAAGUAGUGUCAGUGUUUUAUCAACAGAUAAUUGAGCUGCUGUAAAAAUUUUUUGGAAAACAGAGCUGUGACUAGCCAUUUUUUGUUUUGUAUGAUUUUUCUUCUAAAAACAAACUGAAAAGAGAAUUAAGGAAAACUUGAAAGAAUUGUUCCUCAUCCAAAAUGAUACCCUGUGGACCAGUUCUGUCAUUUGUUCGGUGUCUGUUGCGAAGAAAAAUUGUCUCUGUGGACAGUCUUGAAGAUUCCAAGUUAUGCCGAUGUUUAUCCACUGUGGACCUUAUAGCUCUGGGAGUGGGAAGCACUCUUGGUGCUGGUGUUUACGUACUUGCUGGAGAAGUCGCAAAAGCAGAUUCUGGACCUAGUAUUGUUAUUUCUUUCCUCAUUGCUGCCUUGGCAUCUGUGAUGGCAGGUCUUUGCUAUGCUGAGUUUGGUGCUCGUGUUCCCAAGACUGGUUCUGCAUAUUUGUAUACUUAUGUAACUGUUGGUGAACUGUGGGCUUUUAUCACUGGCUGGAAUCUCAUUUUAUCAUACGUUAUAGGUACAUCCAGUGUUGCAAGAGCGUGGAGUGGCACCUUUGAUGAACUUCUUGGAAAACAAAUUGGUCAGUUUUUCAGAACCUACUUCAGAAUGGAUUUUUCUGGUCUAGCAGAGUAUCCAGACUUUUUUGCAGUAUGUCUGAUAUUGCUUCUGGCAGGUCUUCUGUCUUUUGGAGUAAAAGAAUCUGCAUGGGUGAAUAAGAUCUUCACUGCUGUUAACAUCUUGGUUCUCCUCUUUGUUAUGAUUUCUGGUUUUGUGAAAGGAGAAGCUGACAACUGGAAAAUAAGUGAAGAAUCUCUCAUAAACCUCACAGCACAGACAGGAAAUUAUUCUUCCUAUAAGAACGUGACAAGCAUGUUUGGGGCCGGUGGUUUUAUGCCAUAUGGUUUUACAGGAACAUUGGCUGGUGCUGCAACAUGUUUUUAUGCCUUUGUGGGAUUUGAUUGCAUUGCAACAACUGGGGAAGAAGUCAGGAAUCCUCAGAAAGCUAUACCUAUUGGAAUUGUGACUUCCCUGCUUGUCUGUUUUAUGGCCUAUUUUGGUGUUUCGGCAGCUUUGACUCUUAUGAUGCCAUACUAUCUUCUAGAUGAGAAAAGUCCUCUUCCUGUAGCCUUUGAAUAUGUUGGAUGGGGUCCUGCAAAGUAUGUUGUAGCAGUGGGAUCACUCUGUGCUUUGUCUACAAGUCUUCUUGGAUCCAUUUUCCCAAUGCCACGUGUAAUCUAUGCUAUGGCGGAAGAUGGGUUGCUUUUCAAAUGUCUAGCUCAAAUCAAUUCCAAAACGAAGACUCCAGUUAUUGCUACUUUGUCAUCGGGUGCAGUAGCAGCUAUAAUGGCAUUUCUUUUUGACCUAAAGGCUCUGGUGGAUAUGAUGUCUAUUGGUACACUUCUUGCUUACUCCCUUGUAGCAGCCUGUGUUCUCAUCCUCAGGUACCAACCCAAUUUAACCUAUGACCAACCAAAAUAUUCUCCAGAGAAAGAGGCUCUGACAGGAUCAGAAAGGGAAUCUGAAAUUAGUAUGCUUCAAGGGCACCGCUUCAGUCUUCAGACAUUGAUGAAUCCAUCCAGUUUGCCAACAGAGCAGUCUGCUACUACUGUUAGCUUUUUGGUGGGUCUAUUAGCUUUUCUUGUGUGUGGGUUGAGUGUUCUGACCACAUAUGGGAUUCAUUUUAUUGCUAAUAUGGAGCCUUGGAGCAUUGGUCUUCUUGCUGUGUUGGUAGUACUCUUCAUAGUCAUAGUUCUCACCAUUUGGAGGCAGCCUCAGAGCCAGCAGAAAGUGGCCUUUAUGGUUCCAUUCUUGCCAUUUUUGCCAUCCUUCAGUAUCUUGGUGAAUAUUUACUUGAUGGUACAGUUAAGUGGAGAGACUUGGAUCAGAUUUAGCUUCUGGAUGGCUUUUGGCUUCUUUAUUUACUUUGCAUAUGGCAUCAGACACAGUCUUGAAGGUCAUCCUAGAGAUGAGGAAGAUGAAGAUACUUGCUCCGAAAAUAGUGGAAUACAGGAAAAGAACCCUGUGGAAGAAGCAGAUGAACAUGUUGAUGAAAAUGCUCGGUUUAUUACACAUGAAAGGACAAGUGAAUGUUAAUGUUUGCAAACAACCUUAACGUGCAUGUCUCUUAAGUAAUAGUAAACUGUGACCGAAUGUAGUUGCUGAACGAAAUUGUCAAAAGGUAGCUGCCAGCAGAUUAACAAUAAUUUAUAUUUGUGCAUCUUGCAAGUGCCUACCACAAAGCAUGACUGACAUGUUGGACUAGCUGCUAAUUCCUCUUGGAUACUUCAGAUCCAGUAUCAUGAAGACUUUCUUCAGUGAUAAAUUGAUGUCCCAGAUGAAAACAUCAAGGAAGAUGAGGGGAAGGACAGACUUCCAAGGGCAUAACUGUACCUUUGCUAUGCUAAAAUUUUGGUUGCACAAUUAUAUACAAUUAAUUGGUGAUCAUAAAGUAUAAAGAAUUUUAGGAUUGCUUACAAAAGAGGGCCCUGAACAUUUUAUGAGGAAAGCAACUGCUUUUCAUAUGUUCUUCUUAUCCCUGUUCAUUAAAAUACUUUGUCACAGUCUGAUAGGGUAUCAUGAAUAACAAAUUUCAAAGUAGCAGCCGUGUUAGUCUGUAUUCGCAAAAAGAAAAGGAGUACUUGUGGCACCUUAGAGACUAACAAAUUUAUUUGAGCAUAAGCUUUUGUGAGCUCACGAAAGCUUAUGCUCAAAUAAAUUUGUUAGUCUCUAAGGUACCACAAGUACUCCUUUUCUUUUUAUGAAUAACAAAGUGACCGUACUCUUUGAUCAUUAAAAUAUUGAAUUCCUUCUUAUUGCUUUACAGGGAACUAGUGCGAGAUUAAUUGGGAGUAGGUCUAGAGCAGUGGUUUUCAACUUCUGGGGGUCCACAGACUAUUUCUAAGGGGUCCGUGAAAGGUGACUAUGAAAAUAAAGUAUCAGGAGAUAGCCGUGUUAGUCUGUAUCCACAAAAACAACAAGGAGUCCGGUGGCACUUUAAAGACUAACAGAUUUAUUACACACCACACCACAGAAACACUAACCAAGGAACCAAUCCCUGUAGCAAACCUCGUUGCCUACUCUGUCCCCAUAUCUAUUCUAGUGACACCAUCAGAGGACCCAGCCACAUCAGCCACACCAUCAGAGGCUUAUUCACCUGUACGUCUACUAAUGUUAUAUAUGCCAUCAUGUGCCAGCAAUGCCCCUCUGCCAUGUACAUUGGCCAAACCGGACAGUCCCUACGUAAAAGAAUAAAUGGACACAAAUUGGAUACCAGGAAUGGUAACAUACAAAAGCCAGUAGGAGAACACUUCAAUCUUCCCGGGCAUUCUAUAACAGAUUUGAAAGAAGCUAUACUUGAACAAAAAAACUUCAGAAACAGACUUCAAAGAGAAACAGGAGAACUAAAAUUCAUUUGCAAAUUUAACAGCAUUAAUUGGGCCUGAAUAGGGACUGGCAGUGGCUGGCUCAUUACAAAAGCAGCUUUGCCUCUCCUGGAGUUGACACCUCCUCAUCUGUUAUUGGGAGUGGACUUCAUCCACCCUGAUCGAAUUGGCCCUGUCAACACUGGUUCUCCACUUGUGAGGUAACUCCCUUCUCUUCAUGAGUCAGUUAUAAUGCCUGCAUCUGUAAUUUUCACUCCAUGCAUCUGAAGAAGUGGGUUUUUUACCCACGAAAGUUUAUGCCCAAAUAAAUCUGUUAGUCUUUAAGGUGCCACUGGACUCCUUAUGAAAAUAAAGUUUCAGAUCCCAGUAAAGGCAUUCCAUUUUUCUGAUCAAUCAAAAGUAUGCGAAUACCCCCAUCUACAGAUCAAAACCUGGAAGUGUUACCGUAACCAUAGAAGCCCAGAGUUUAUACUGUGCCGAGCACAUGCAGCAUUUUUUGUUGAAUUCUGUUCAGUCAGUUUUCAGUGUAAAACUUCUAGGGUAGGGGUCUGCAGACCACAGGUUGAAUUUCCAAAGGGGUCCACGCCUCCAUUCAAAAUUUUUAGGGGUCUUCAAAUGAAAAAAGAUUGAAAACCACUGGUCUAGAGAAUAUUCUGCAAAGCUUGUUUACAAAUGGUAACAGCACAAAUCAGACACUUUUAACAAAGUAGAGUACAAUAUAUUUAUAUCAAAGUAGUAAGGAAAUGUUCAAUUAUCCUUACCAGUAAGUAAAUAUGCAUCAUUCAGACUAUGAAGAUGCUUAUGAGCAAUGAUACACUGUAGGAAAAGUAUUCAAGAAUAUUAUUUUGUUUCAUAUGAAGUCACAUCUGAAUUUUUUUCCUUCCAAAGUUACUCCAGGUGCUAAAGGAAAAAUUCAGAAGCAGAGUGAAAUCACAGAGUGAAAUCCUGGCUCUAUUGAACUCAGUGAGAAUGUCUGUAAUUAGUACUUAUGUAUAGCAUUACUAAAAGCUUUCUUCUUCACAGCUAAAUUCCCUCUUCCUCCUCAUCCAUCAUAUGCAUAUUGGGGGAGAGGGGUCUGAUUGCAUACAUUGCUUCUUGACGAGAAAACAAGUGCCUGUGGUACUAGAGUUCCUUGCACAGAGAGGAGGAGGAGGGUGGACAAACAUGGAGGCAAAGCUUUUAUUUAAAUAUAUUUAUUUUCAAUCCUGACAGGGUAUCUUCAGAGAUGGUAGGAUUUAAAUUUGAAAUAUAUCUAUUUGCAAAGUCUGAGCCCCCCCCCCCGAACAAAUGUUUCCGUUCGUUAUUACCCUUUAAAUAAAUAUCAAUGAUAGUAGAGCAAGCAACCAUACAUAAUCAGCACAGUGCACAUGGGUCUGAUGUCCAAAAGCCAGGAAGCAAGUUGUGAUGACAAUACUGAAUAAAUAAUUAAUUUGAACAUAAUGAACGAUAUCUUGAUGGUGUUCUCUUCAGUGUAAAAGCAAAGAUGUGUUACCUAUCAAAGGUACAUAAUCAUUUAAAUAUUUUUAGUGUAUAUAGGCUUAAAUAGUUGGGAAGUGUCACUGUUAGUUAUGGAGGAUUUCAAAAUGUGGAGUUAUUUUGCCAAAAUGUGUGUUAUUAAUUAAAAAUAAGUUCCCAAUAGUAAGCAAAGAGCAUCCAGAAUGCUGCCAUUGACUAAAGGAAAUAGAUAGUCCUACAAUCUAAAGGACAAUAUUGCUGAAGUACAUUAUGCUGUUAGUUUUCUCCUUUACUCACUGUAAGGCAAGACCCGGUGAACACAGUUUUGACAGGUGUCUUCAAACACUUAUGCUGUCUGAUAUUAAAAAUCAUCUUUACACUUCUACAACAUCUAGAAUUUCAUAGAGAAGGUGGAAAGCCAUUGUGUGUGUGUGUGUGUGUGUGUGUAUGUGUUAGCGGCAUUGGAUUCUUGCUACUUUUUAGGUAUAAAAGUAAAUCCAGUGUUAGCAGCAGCUCAUGUGCACAAACCCUGGUGAACACAAAAAUAUAAAAGCUUCUUGGCACAGAACCAGAAAUGUGUUGAUACCAUAUAGGGGAAUUGGUUUUUAAUGUUGAGCUUGUUCCUUUACCCCUCAGUUUGGAUUGGAUAGUGGAUAUCUUGCAGUACCUGGAAUGGAGGGAGGGGUGGAUUUGUGCUGUUGCACCAGCGGCCCUUACUGACCAUUAACAACAAGAGGGUGCGUGCUGAAAAGAACUCCACUAAACUAAGGGAAGCUGAUUAGCAACGUAGUUUGGGUGAGGAGGAAGGAAAGGUGCUAGGAAAGUGGAUGGAAAGCAAACAACCCAACAAAAGUUCAUGUGGGUAGGUGGGUGCAACUCUAUUAUCUUCAAAGGAAUGAAUGUGACCCUAUGUUAGAUAACAGCUUUUACUAUUACUAUUCAGCAAAAUAGAAAUCAAAGUUCACAUGUUGGUUUCCUUUUUUUUGGAAGCAUUUUUUAACAUACAUGAUGGGAUGUCUUCUGAGUUAGAAGCAUUUUUAUUUGGAAAUAGAGAAAGACGCUAUUAUUGGAAUGGAAAUUCCUUUGUCUCAGUUUUGAGGAUGUUACUACUAAGUGGAUUAAAAAUACUAUCUGUGUAGAGGAAAACUGACAUUAGUCUCUGCUCAUAUUUCAGAGUAACAGCCGUGUUAGUCUGUAUUCGCAAAAAGAAAAGGAAUAUUUGUGGCACCUUAGAGACUAACCAAUUUAUUUGAGCAUAGCUCAUGAAAGCUUAUGCUCAAAUAAAUUGGUUAGUCUCUAAGGUGCCACAAGUACUCCUGCUCAUAUUUGUUUCUACAUAAUGUGUGUGUAACUAAUAUAUUUUAGAAAAUGUAAUAGUAUUUACAGUUUAUUAAUCAUCGAUACUUCAAGAGAUUUUAUCUUUCUUUUAAAACAUCCAUUGAUUUAAUGGGACCUUUGUGGGGAGAGAAACUUGCAGACUUGGGCUCCCUAUAUUUAUAAAAUUUCUAAUAUGAAAUUAUAAAAUAUGAAUACCUGUUUAGAAAUCUUAUUAGAGGUGAAUGAAGAUCCAUUAUUCUAGUGUGUAUUAUAAUGUUUGCCUUAAUCCCUGAAAUGCUAGGAAUUAUGUUUAACUGUGUGUCCAGUUAAACCAGUGAACACCACGAUGGGUUUAAUGUUUUUUUUGUUUUUUAAUGUAACCGCUUUCUUCAGACUUUUAAAAUCAUAUACCAUAGAGAACAGAUUUUAGAUGUAGUUGGAUGGGCCUGUCACUCAUCAUUCAGAAUGAUGCAGUUAAAGGAAAACCCCAGUGACUUAUUACACUAAUAUAGAUAGAUAAAUGUUUACUAAAUAAGAAUAUUAACAUAGGAAUUUUCACAGCUUUUUAGAAAUACUGAUCAGUUUCAAUAUCUUGUCAAAUGAAUGAAAAAAAGAUGUCUGUCUCAGUUAGGUCUAACAUUUCACUUAUACUUUCCAUCAGGGGCCCAUUUUGAUUCAGAGUAGGACAGAAACAUCAUAUUCACCAUUUGAAAUUAUUAGAAAUACAAGACUCUCAAAGCUUUUGGGAGGAAGCUAGAAAUAACUAUUUUAAAAAAGAAUGUAUUCAGCUAUUUGUUAAAUCAUCUUUUUAGAUAUAGAACUUUUUUUUACAACAGCUCUGAAAAUCUCUGAUUUCAUUAUUUGAAACAGAGAAGCUGAUACUUGCUGUCCUACUCAGCAUCACUAAACUGUCAAGACAGCAGCUUCCUGUUAAAAUACAAUUUUAAAAGCAUAGUCAAACAGCAUUUUUUGGAGGAAAUCCUACCUCUUUCAGUGCAGCUUUUUAGGGGCUGCUGAUGCAGUGCAAUCAGGCCGGUCCUGUUGGGGUAGAGAGGAAAUGUAUGAAGAGUCCAUGUCUGGGUCUGCACCCUAUGCACAGUAAAGCAUAGCCCUCUGGUGGCUCCUUGCGUGUCCCUGUGCAACCAAAUUUGUUUGUGGAACAUGGGCUGGUUACUUCAUUGCUUUACAAUGAGCAGCAGAGCAGGAGAGUUAAGUGUUAUCACAGCCUUAAGUGCUAUUGCAGUUCUGUGACCUAGAGGGAGGAGUCAUUUACUUCAUUGCACUAAACUUGGUUGCUUGAAGGGGAAGAGGGGAAUAUCUGUGUCUGUGUGGCUGUCUUUAGGCCUUGGUAAUUUACUCUUUGUAAUUCAGUGUAGCGAUUAAAAUAAUUUCUGUGUUGCACUGCAAUUUUCCUUAGAAGGGACACUGUUAAUAACACUUCUGACUGAAAAGUGUUACCUAUUAUUGCUACCUAAGAUUUUGACAAAUCUUGAAAGACUAAAGAAAUUUUGUUUUCAGUUUGUUUAGUUUGUGUGUAUUUGACAGCACUUUGUGUAUAAACAGUUUCCCCUUUUGUUUGCAUAGAUAUUUCCCACAACAACAGGGGAGAAAUAAAGACAUUUAAAAAACAGUAAAAUGUGAUUGUACAGAUAUCCCAGGGGGCUCAGGAGCAGGCAUAGUACUGGAAAUCACUUUUAACUUAUAUUUUUAGUUGACUUAAUUUCAACUUAAAGAAACAUCAUCAGAUCUUCUCAGCUCCCUUCUCUAAUGUACAAAGAUAAUUCUCUGUUUAGUUAAUGAUCGUGCCUUUACUAGUAGGUAGCAAAGUAAUAUCACUGUAAGAAUCAAGUAAAAUAUGUGCAUUAGGUUUGGUAUGCAGUAUAGGCCCAACACUGCAAGGUUCUAGCUGUCCUCAACUUACUUUUGCCUUGCAGGACAUAUAAAGGACAAAAACUAUACAAAUUUUUACACGUGAGAGGUGUUUAGAUAGAAAUAUGUAAGAAAUGGUAUGUAGGAAACAAAUACUGAAUGUGUGUGUGUGCAUGCGUGUCUUUAUAUUUACUUAGAGAUGAACUGAAAACACUAAUCCUAUGGAAUGAAAGCUUAGUCUACACAUUGCUUUUUUAAAAACAUGAUUAAUCGUUAUUGUAACUUGUUCAGUAUCUAUGCAAAUGGUGUAGUAUUGUCAAAAAUCUGUUGUCACAGGAAGCCUUUUUUUUUAAUGGAGAAACCUAUUGCUGUAUCUGCAUUAGUGGGUUCCCUUAGUGCAAAACAGACUUAUUCUAUGUAACUGUUAUCAUGCCUAUGUCACUGUAAGUUGCAGUUUAUUUUAACUGCCAAUAAAGUGUUAGUGGCAAUACAUCGAGUGAUUGCUUUGGUAAUAUGGUUAGGUAUUUAGGCAAUUAUCCUUUAGAUUUAACUAAGCGAUUGUACAGCUGUGCUGUGCAGUAACUGCAAAUGACUCUGUCACGAAUAAGUCUGACACAACACACACACUAGUUGUUACAGAUAUUUAAUAAAGUCUUAGAUUGUGAAUGAAUAUGUUAUCACCCCUCACCUCCAAGCUAUCCCUGCAAAUGCAGCAGUAUGCCUUUAUAAAGGCAGAAUUAUUUUUAAAGUAAUAGUGCUCUACCAAGUACCUAUACUGGCUGUACACCAUGCAUCCUGGAAUACUCAAAGAUUUAAGCAAAAGGGGUGAAAUCUAUCUACCACAGUGCAUUAAGCAAUCACAAGGCUCUGCACGCCACUUCAGUAGUACAUGAUGCCUUCAACACUGGGAUGCCUUUCAUACUAAAUGAAUUUAAUUCACAUAUGUAUUUACAGAUCCUUUUUUGGUUACAAACGCUUUAAUGCUUUUAGGCCCUGGUCCUGCAAAGGGUACAAAUUACAAUGUGCAAUGUACACAUUGAAGUCAAUGGGACUACUUGCAGAGUGUAAAGUUAUUUGCAGGGUCACAGCCGUACUCCUCAACAGGUUAUUCACAUAACAUAGGAUACUUAUUUCUGUUUUAGUCUCCUGUAGCUUUAAUAUUUUAUUUCCUGAUAUGUGCUUUUUGAGGGCCUCUUCAUUUUCACAGUUGGCUUUUCCAAAACUAAUUGCAAUCAUGUCUCUACUCCCCUCCGAACACAGUUUAUGAUUUGAUUCUAGGAAUUAUUCAGACACUAACCAAGUUAAAGGACAUUUGUACAGGCAUGCAUAAGACUGAAUUGUAUGCAUAAAUGCUGCUUUUUAUUGUCUGCUGGGCAAAUUCUGAUGUCUUUAGAACAUUUUCAUUCAGCCCAUCUCAGGCAAACUCCCACUGAAAUCAGUAUAAGUUGGGCAGAGUCUGGGUUAAGGUUAACAGGAUUUGGCCCUGUAUUGCUUAGGAGAAUUGUUUUCCUUUAGUGUUUGCAGAUUGGAAAGCAUUUAAUAUAUUUGUUUAAUACAUUUUAAAAUACUUUUGUGUUUUAUCAUUUUUAAAAACGCUAGUAUUUCUGUCUUUUGGAACUUUGCUCUAUCACUGUUUAUAUGUACAUUGCAGUAAUUAUUUCAAGUGUAUUUUAUUGUCUGCUCUGCAUUUAAAUGUAGAUAAAAUGAUGAGCUUCAUAUAUAAAUUUAUAUUUGUCUAAUGCUUUAGUCUAAAAAAACUAAUUUUUAUUAAUGUAAAAAUGUGUUUAGAAUGUAUGUAAGAAUUAAAAUACUUUAUGGUGCCUGGGUUUUUCACUUUUGCAGUAGAAUAUUAUCAGUAUUCUUAGUUGCUAUAGAAUUGUGAUGGAAAUUAUACUGCUGCUGUUUUAUUCACUGUAACAUAUGUUUCGUAGGACAAUCAUCAUGCAUUUGUUCUAUAUUUUUUCAAAUAAAGUUAAAAAUCACUUGCAUGUACUGGA